AUGCCAAAAGUCUCGAUGCCUCUACUAAAGAUGUGGAAUAUUCCGAUAAGACUCUUCGUCCGCACUGAAAUUCAGGCUGAUAAUGAUGAGUUGCAAUCUUUCAUUGCUUCUCGGCUUGCUAAGCUUCAAGAUGACCUUGUUAUUGAGAAUUCUCUUCUGGAUAAACUUGAGGUGAAAACUAAGAAGAUCAAAGUUCUUUCUGUUCAACUUUCGCUUGCACAACAGCAAAACGAUGAGCUUAAGUCUAAAAAGCUCGCUUUCGAAACAAGGGGAGAAGUCAAGAAACUAGUUUAUGAUUUUGGUGAACAAGAACAGAAACCGACUCCAAACGAUUUGAAGGGUAAUGAAGCUUCAGGGUCGAAAGGGAAAGGAAAGUUGAUCGAUGAUGAAGAGGAUGAAGGUGAAAAGCUCAAACGAAAGUCUCACGAUAAAGAUCUUGAUGAAUACCUACGAAUUACGAGAGAAGUUGAUGCUCGUGAUGCACAGGUAACAUUGGAAACUCAAAAGAUUCUUUUCCCUCACUGGACUGUGGGCGGAUUAUGA